AUGCACACCUCCGCUUUGUCACUCGCUGGAUGGGGCCUUGUCUUCUCUGCGGCCUCUGCUGCUGCCAGCAAUGUCCAUAUCGCCCCUAGAGCUACCCAGGCUCCCUCGACCACCGCAGCCAACCCUGAGGUAACUACCAUUACAGGUUGCCACCUGCAUGCCUCUGGACUAUAUUGUUUCGCUGGUGAGACCGAGUACUUGGUAGAUGUCAAGGUCACUGCAACCACAGACGUCCCUUCGCAGUACACCGACUGCCAUUCCCAUGGCUCUGAUAUGUUCUGUGUAGACUCUGACGGUGCAGAUGUUUCUGUUCAAGCUGAAGGUGCUGAGUCAGAAGAGGACCACGCCAAGGAAGAUGAAGAUCACGACCACGACCACGAUCAUGAGGAAGCAAGUGGCACCGGAUCUGCAGCCGCGGCUGGAAACACCAAAGAAGCUGAGAACGAGCACUGCCAUUUCCAUGCUGGUGUUGAACACUGCACAGGUCAUAGCGAUUCUGAAUCCAGCGAGACCGAGUCUGGUUCUUCCUCUUCUGCAUGCCAGCCUCGGAGGAGAGACUAUGACGUUGGUCUCCGUGUUGGUCUGCUCUUCGUUAUCCUAGCCACAGGUGCUCUGGGUGUCUUUGGCCCCAUCCUGCUGCACAAGAUGAUGCCCAGCAAACUCAACAUUGUCCUCAUUGUAUUAAAGCAAUUUGGAACUGGUAUUAUAAUCUCUACCGCCUUUGUUCACCUGUACACCCACGCAUUUCUCAUGUUCGGUAACCAGUGUAUUGGAGAGCUGGGCUAUGAAGCUACGACAUCCGCUCUUGUCAUGGCUGGCAUCUUCCUUUCUUUCCUUGUUGAGUACAUCGGCAACCGCAUCGUUCUCGCAAAGACAAAGGCUUCAGCCAAUCUCUCUGGUGCUGAAAGGAAGAGUGCCUGGUUGUCUACUGAGGUUGUCAGUGUUCUGGUUAUGGAGAUGGGUAUCCUCUUCCACUCUCUUCUGAUCGGCUUAACGCUCGUUGUAGCAGGUGAUGAAUACUUCCUAACCUUAUUCGUCGUCAUUCUUUUCCAUCAGAUGUUUGAAGGUAUCGCUCUUGGGAGCCGAAUCGCCACCAUCGGUACUUCGAACGAUAGUCACGCCCCACCCGUGGCUCGCAUCUCCCAGGACACUUCCUCCGCUCAAGAUUCAGACAAGGCCCCUGCUUCCACUGAGACGAUCCCAAACGAGGAAUCGACCCCUGUUGGUUUGACCAUGAAGAAGAAGCUCGGCCUUGCCUCUCUUUUCGCCUUCAUUACUCCUAUCGGUAUGGCCAUUGGUAUUGGUGUCUUACAACAAUUCAAUGGUAACGACAAGUCUACUCUUAUCGCAAUCGGUACCCUCGACGCUGUCUCCGCAGGUAUCCUCAUGUGGGUUGGACUUGUAGAGAUGUGGGCUGCAGAUUGGAUGUCAGGGGGUCAUGGCCACAAGGCUGAGCUCGCUGACGCCAACCUGCUCACAACCAUUCUUGCCGGCACUGGUCUGGUUGCCGGCCUGGUGGUGAUGAGUCUUUUGGGUAAGUGGGCAUAG